AUUUUCUGUCCCUUCCACCUCAUAACCUUCACUGUAGAAUUUGUCCUGUUCGCAAAGCUUCAUCUCUUAUUUUUUUCCCUUUUUUUUUGUUUUUAAUAAUUCUUAGGGUUUAAGAUCAAACAAAUUCCCCCAAAUUUUCUCCCACUGUAACCAAUAAAGCUCGAGGAUCUUGUUCAAACGAAGCUUAAACAGGGUUUUGAUGCAAUUGCCGUAUUGAUAAUUUUGUUGAUCCGCAAAAAUUCUGAUGAAGACUGGGAAUGCGUCCAUCAGGGAUCGGACGCAGGAGUUUUUGGGGAUAGCGGAAAGGUCGAAGAAGCCGUUCGCCGCACAGAAUGGGCCGAGCAGCAGCGGAUCGAAGCGGGAGGAGCCUCCGCGGUCGGCAGUGGCGCUGCAGUCGGAGUUCAAUCGGAGAGCGUCGAGGAUUGGGUUCGGGAUCUACCAGACGUCUCAGAAGCUAGCUAAGCUGGCGAAAUUGGCGAAGAGGACAUCGAAUUUGAAGGUCCAUGAGAACAGGCGACAGUUGUUCUCUUCCUCAGCUUCCAAGAAUCCUACGAAUCCUUUCAUUCGUCAGCGUCCUUUGGCAACAAUGUCUUCUGCUGGAACAUCAUCCGCACCUCCUCUUCCGUGGGCGAACAGUAGAGAUUCUCCAUCCCAAAUGCUCCCCAAGAAUCAAGCGGAUGGGGAAUCUCAGCCAUUACUACAUCAGCAACGACACCAACAACAGCAAAUGGUUCCGUUACAAGACAGUUACAUGCAGAGCAGAGCCGAGGCUCUUCAGAACGUGGAGUCAACUAUUCAUGAGCUGAGCAGUAUCUUUAAUCAGCUAGCAACUUUAGUUUCCCAGCAAGGAGAAAUCGCUAUCAGGAUUGAUGAAAACAUGGAUGAUACACUAUCGAAUGUUGAGGGCGCACAGGGAGCAUUGCUAAAGUAUCUCAACAGCAUCUCUUCGAACCGGAAUUGUUUAUUCGGACAUUUGAAAAUGGUGGGAGGUGGAAAUAGAAGGGACGAGGGAUCGUUUACUGUGAGCAACACCAAUGUCUUUGCAGCUCUUGAUAGUCUGAGGAAGAAGAAGAAGUCCGACAAGGAGAAGGGCUCGUCUAAGGGAGGUAAGGGUACUUCGAAAGGGUCGAAAGGAGCUUCUGAGGCUGAGAAGCAGGUUUACUGGGCCCCUGCGCCUUUGACCUCAAAGUCAUGGGCUGAUGUCGAUGAUGAAGAUGAUGAUGAUUACUAUGCAACAACUGCUCCCCCACAGGUCAUAUGGGGUGCUUCAGGUUCGAAUAAACCCGGAGAGACUCAGAAACUUCAUCCUGUGGAGGAAAGCGAAAGUGAAGACGAUCUUCUUGAUGAAGGGGAUGAUGACGUGGAAGACGAGCACGACCCCGAACCAGAAACAGAACAAGAACACCCUCAACCGGUGUUGAAAAAGCCUGUUGAAGCUUCUCCAGCACCUAAAGAGGCUGAGAGGCAGCUGUCCAAGAAAGAGAGGAAAAAAAAGGAGCUUGAGGAGCUAGAGGCUAUCCUAGCUGAUUUUGGGGUCAACCCAAAAGAGAAAGCUGGAGAUGAGAGAUCUGAUGUCACUAAAGACAGGAAAGAGGAACAAGCAAAUGGAAAUACCGACAAGAAGGACAAUAACGCCCCUGGGGAAUCAAAGAACGCCAAGAAGAAGAAGAAGAAGGAUAAGUCGUCCAAAGAGACAAAGGAGCCUCAAGAUCAGCCCAAUACCUCAAACGAACCCAACGGGCCUGUUGAGUCCCCUAAAGCCCAACAUGGUGAUGAGGAAAAUACUUCUACCUUUGAUGUCAAAGAUAAACUCAAGAAAAUGGCGUCCGUUAAGAAAAAGAAAUCGAGUAAAGAAAUGGAUGCUGCCGCCCGAGCUGCUGCCGUUGAGGCUGCCGCCAGGAGUGCCAGGCUGGCAGCCGCCAAGAAGAAAGAGAAGAAUCAUUACAACCAGCAGCCGAUUCGGGUAGUUGAUAAAUUGUUGAUCCGUUAAAAAUGGCGGUGAAGAGAGGGAAUGCGUCCAUUAGGGAUCGGACGCAGGAGUUUUUGGGGAUAGCGGAGAGGUCGAAGAAGCCGCUCGCCGCCGUGAAUGGGCCGAGCAGCAGCGGAUCGAAGCUGGAGGAGCCAUCGGGUUCGGCAGUGGCGGUGCAGUCGGAGUUCAACCGGAGGGCGUCGAAGAUCGGGCUCGGGAUUCACCAGACAUCGCAGAAGCUAGCUAAGCUUGCUAAAUUGGCAAAGAGGACAUCGGUUUUUGAUGACCCCACAAUGGAAAUCCAGGAGCUAACUGCAGUUAUUAAGCAGGAUAUAACAGCCCUUAAUUCUGCAGUGGUCGAUCUCCAGCUUCACAGCAGUUCACGUAAUGAAAGUGGGCAAACGUCUACUGACACAACCUCUCACUCCACAACAGUUGUUGAUGAUUUGAAGAAUCGACUGAUGAAUGCGACAAUGGAAUUCAAAGAUGUCCUGACAAUGCGAACGGAGAAUUUGAAGGUGCACGAGAAUAGGCGACAAUUGUUCUCUUCCUCAGUUUCGAAGAAUCCUACAAAUCCUUUUAUUCGUCAGCGCCCUUUGGCUUCAAGGUCUGCUGCAGGAACCUCGUCCCCGCCUCCUCUUCCAUGGGCUAACAGUAGAGAAUCUUCAUCACAAACGCUCCCAAGGAAUCAGGUGGAUGGGGAUUAUCAGCCAUUACUACAUCAGCAACAAAACCAACAACAGCAAAUGGUUCCGCUACAAGACAGCUACAUGCAGAGUCGAUCUGAGGCUCUUCAAAAUGUGGAGUCAACUAUACAUGAGCUGGGCAGUAUCUUUAAUCACCUAGCUACCUUAGUUUCCCAGCAAGGAGAAAUCUCUAUCAGGAUUGAUGAGAACAUGGAUGAUACACUGUCGAAUGUCGAGGGCGCGCAAGGAGCAUUGCUCAAGUAUCUCAACAGCAUCUCCUCUAACCGGUGGCUGAUGAUCAAGAUCUUCUUUGCAUUAAUUUUCUUUCUCAUGAUAUUCCUAUUCUUUGUUGCCUAGUGAAUUACACAUAUAGACUGGAUAUAGUUUUGACUUUUGAGUAACCGAAAAUGGUUGCGAAGCUUGGGAAUUAUCCGCGUAAUAUUUUUCGUCUUUAUGUGUAUUGCCAUGUAGCUGGAAGAGGACUGAAUUCUUGAUGAUUUCUUGUGAAUUUGAUCAUAUGAUAGAUUAUGAUUGCAGCAAAGAGGAAAAAUAAAAUCAGUGGUUACACAUAACACUGUUGCAUUUUCAAUCUUCUUGUAUUUCCUUUUAUAUUCUGAUUAUCACCCCGAAUUUGGUCAAAAUUUUCGUAAUUA